GGAAGUGCGUCAGAAGGUCAGCGCGGCAAGAUGGCGGCGACCGUGUGUCGGUGGAGACAGCAAUAUGUCAGGAGUAGUUUUCUGCUACUGGCCUCGCGACCCUGUUUUUCUGUCUAUGACAGAUCCACUGUCCACAGGAUAUGUGGGUCCAUCACAAGUUCUUCACAGGUACGUUAUUCAUCAAGAGGUGGGGAUGGAGGACGGAAAGGCUUCUUGGGGAAGUUUCUGGACAGCCUGACGCAGGAGCUGAACAAGAAUAAAGAGAUGAAAGAGAACAUCAAGAAGUUUCGCGAGGAGGCCAAAAAGCUAGAAGAAUCAGAUGCUCUUCAGCAAGCUAGACGAAAAUAUAAAACUAUAGAAUCUGAAACAUUUAAGACCUCUGAGGUGCUGAAGAAGAAGCUGGGUACAAUAUCGGAGACAAUGAAAGAGGGGUUGGAAGAGGUCAGCCGCACAGAUAUCGGGAAGAAAAUAAAGGAAGGAGUGGAGGAGGCAGCAAAAACAGCCAAGCAGUCAGCGGAGAGCGUCUCGAAGAGCGGAGAGAAGCUGGGGAAAACAGGAGCCUUUCGAGCAAUCUCACAGGGUAUGGAGAGUGUGAAAAAGGAGAUUGGUGAUAUCGGCCAUGAUGGACCUUACAGACCACCCACCAGGUUAAGGAAGAGGAGCGACUUCUCCUCCAAAGCCACGGGAGCUGAUGACAAGGUGUUUGAAGCCAACGAGGAGGCAAUGGGGGUUGUUCUUCACAAAGACUCAAAAUGGUAUCAGCAGUGGAAGGACUUCAAGGACAACAAUGCAGUUUUUAACAGAUUCUUUGAAAUGAAGAUGAAAUAUGAUGAAAGUGACAACGCCUUCAUCAGAGCAUCCCGUGCCGUCACAGACAAGAUGACUGACCUCAUAGGUGGUUUAUUCUCCAAGACUGAGAUGUCUGAAGUCCUUACAGAAAUCCUGAAGGUGGACCCCAACUUCGACAAGGACUCUUUCCUCAAACAGUGUGAGAAGGACAUCAUCCCUAACAUCCUAGAGGCCAUGAUUCAAGGAGAACUGGAGGUCCUGAAAGACUGGUGCUAUGAAGCUAAUUACAGCGUGCUGGCUCAUCCCAUCCAGCAGGCCAAAGCAAUGGGGCUGCAGUUUCACUCCAAGAUUCUGGAUAUUGAUAACAUAGAUCUAGCUAUGGGGAAGAUGAUGGAGCAGGGUCCCGUACUCAUCAUCACCUUCCAGGCUCAGCUGGUGAUGGUGAUCCGAAACACAAAGGGUGAAGUGGUGGAGGGCGACCCGGAGAAGGUGAUCAAGAUGAUGUACGUUUGGGCCUUGUGUCGGGACCCGGAGGAGUUUAACCCUUACGCUGCCUGGAGGCUCCUGGACUUUUCAGCAUCCAGUACAGUGCAGCCCCUGUGAGGAGCUUCAGCACGCAGUUUAGGAUUUGGGAGGCAGGGAAGAAGGCAGUCCUCACAAACACACACAUAUAUAACACACACACACACACAGCACACACAAUUACAAACAGUCCUGGGGCUUUUUCUGUCUAUCCAGAAGCCCCUGAUCUGCAGUCUGAUGCUUUCCGGAGAAGACUGACUGGCUGCAGGGUUUGAAUUGCUACCAUCAGUGCAGGGAGGCACAGCCCACUGACCUACUCUGUCACCGGACUGAAAGUGAUGUCACACGGUUGGAUGCUCAUGAGACUCUCGGCUAAUUCUCUUGUAUUGUUCUGCUCACUGGAUGCCCGAAAAUAGAGAUUGAGAAACUCUGCUUUUGUGUGUUUCGCUUUCUCCCUACCUGAUAGGGGUUGGUGUGGGAAAAUGAAUUAUAAAAAAGUGCCAUCAGGGACUGUGAGGUAUAAUUAGAUCUGCUAACAGUCAAUGGAUGCUAGCUGGGCCAGCCCUUAGCAUAAUACUAUAGGUAGCUUCCAUUUAUUGUUAGCAGAGAGCAGUUUUUCUAUCUGUUUAAAGAUCUGCUCAGGCGGUUGACAGCUGAAUAAGGUUUUAAUUAGGAUUCAUAUUAAAUAAAGUGGCUUAUGUUUUAUCUGGUUAAUCAUUACAGUUGAUAGAAACAAUCUGAUAUGUUCCAAGCUAGUGUAUGGAUAUAAAGGAACAAGCCAAAGUUUUGACAGAGAAUCUCCUGUUUCAGAAGCCUUUUCUAUGGCUAUGUUCACACAGCAGGUAAAAAAGACUGAAUCUGGUGUUUAUUUUAGGCUGUUUACACUGUCUUUUUUUAAUUGGAUCCAUAUAUGACAUUUGUCUGAAUAGUUAGUCAAGUUUUGGUUUCAUCUUUUUCAACAUGACAGAAGCCAUCAAGGACCCUGUUUAUCUAUUUCUUUAGAGCACAAGCCUAAGAAUUUGGUUUGAACAGAGGCAUCACCCUAAAUGUGUAAUGUCUGUCCUCAGUGAGAGGAAGUUAUCCCUCCCUCAUGCUGUCUUCAUUUUCCUGUCUGUUCACAUCAAAUUUCACUUCUCAUUAUCGUCUUUUUUCCUGAAUUAGGAUCUGUCUGUUUAAACUAAGGCAGAUAAAAAAAGAUUGGAUUUGGUCCACUUUUACUUGCUGUGUGAUUCUAGCCUAAAACAAAUCUGCACAAAUAUACUAUAUUCCCUUCAGUUUAUAAUAUUACGCAAGAUAAAUUGCAGCCCUUCUGAUCAUAGACUCUGUAAGAACACCAGAAAAGCCAGUGGUUUUUAAAAAAAAAGUUAUUUUUAAAAGUUCACCAGUUUAAAAAAACUAAAUCACUGCAAAGCCAACCACCACUGAUAAUAUAUAAAAAGUAUCACCCAAUUGUGAAUGUGUUUUAAUAUUUACAAUGUUUAAUGUAAAAGCUACCAGUGAAGCAUAAGAUCAUUUGUCUAAACUGUCGGACGUGUCCUUCAAGACCUGCCUUAACAUUCUCUCCUAGUGGAGUAGUGGUUUCAGCUGAGCAUAAGUAUGGAAGUGUAUUGUACUGUGUAUUUUCUAGUCCAAUAAAGCCUCGAUUGUGUGGGGCUAAAAAUG